UUGUUUUUUCCCUUGAGAAAAAAACCCUAACCCCAAGCUCAUCGCCUCCACGUAUAUAAAUCUUUUACAGAGCUUUCUUUCUCGUUUCGCCAUUCGAUUUUUUGAGCAAAGCGGCAGCACAGAACAUAGCUUGAAACUCGCCAUCUCUCACUUCUUCAGAAACUAAGAGUCGAAAACGAUGGCGUAUGCUGCAAUGAAACCGACCAAGCCUGGUUUGGAGGAAUCCCAAGAGCAGAUUCACAAAAUCAGGAUCACUCUCUCCUCCAAGAAUGUGAAAAACCUCGAGAAAGUUUGUGCUGACUUGGUUCGUGGUGCCAAGGAUAAGAGACUGAGGGUUAAGGGACCAGUGAGAAUGCCCACCAAGGUUCUUCACAUCACCACAAGGAAGUCUCCCUGCGGUGAAGGAACUAACACAUGGGAUCGGUUUGAACUCCGUGUUCACAAGCGAGUUAUUGACCUUUUCAGCUCUCCCGACGUGGUCAAACAAAUUACUUCCAUCACCAUCGAACCCGGAGUUGAGGUCGAGGUCACCAUUGCAGAUUCUUAAAUGUGUGCCUCACUUUUGCCUUUUUCGGACCUUAACUAGUUUUAGUUGAUUCAAAGGGCUUUCGUGUCACAACUGCAGAUUUUGUUUUCUUUUGUUAUUUAAAAGAUUAUGGUUGCAUUCUCUAUUUAUGCAUUAUUUUGACAUUGAAAAAAAUCAUGAAAUUACCA